AUGGCUCCAGCAGGAGAGUACACUGCCAUUCCUCAGCAUGGGUACGUUGCGGAGCAGUGGAUUCGACUCGAACAAGCACAAGCGCAGAGGGUUCCAGCUGAAGAAACUGAUGUCCCUGUUGCAUUCGUCUGGACGGCUUCAUUUGUCAUUCAAGCGACUCCCUGCCGCACGAACCGCACCUUGCCAAAACGCCUUACAGACCCAGUUGCUCGCUCCCUGUGA